AUGUUGUUGCAAUCCCAAUCCACCAAGGAAAUCUUUGAUUUUGUGAGCUCAUUUUCUGGUGACGACAGUGAUCCUUGGAGCCACGGUCAUCCAGUCCAGGCUGUCCCACACUUUUUGGCAAACCCCAAUGAAGAGUCACGAACAGUUGGUCUCAAACAACUGGAGAUGUGGUAUGCUGCAUACACAGCAAAGCGUGGGUUGACAACCUUCAAGCGGCCAGUUGUGGACAGCUCCAUGGAGAAGGACACCAUCAAAAUUCCGAUUACAGCGCUGAAGUUUUCUUUGCCCUCCGAUGGGCUGCCCUGCCUUCGUGAUUGGCAGACAUGCUUUGAAAGCAUGAUGGUAGCUGGAAUUGACCUUGGACGCUCGUGCAAUUUGACUUCCUACUCGGUUGACAUUGUGAAAGGCUUCACAAAGGCCUCUGUCGUAGUCUUUGUUCUCAUGGCAGCAAGUGAAGUGGACAUUGAGACCGAGUUUGAGUUACUACGUCCAUUGCAAGAGUUCUUAGACCAUGCUUGGUUGAUCCCAGUUUCGGUUCUGCUGAACAAAUCUGAAUCGGAGAGGGCAUUUACCAACUUGAUGCUUUCCAACAGAGGUGCUGAAAGGCAGGCACCAUCAAUCCUGUCACUGGGGCUUCAAUUUUCUCAUUUGAUGUUGAUCAAAUCGGUCGAUGGCACACAUGACAGUAAGAUGAAUACUGAAGGCCGCCUACGAUCUAUCAUUUCAGAGUUCAACUCCUCCAAGGGCAUGUUGGGAAAGUGGGGCGUGUGUGAAGAGAAAACAAAGGCCAUACUCAAUUUGAUCGUUGGAACCUCUUCUCAAAGCCGUGAGUUGAUCUCCCGGCAUCUCCAUUUUCACAAGUGGGCAUAUUGUUGUUUCACAUCAGAGUUGCUGCGAAGCAGCAGAUGGCUCAUUGGUGCCACACCAGCUUCCCAACAGAAUUCUUACCUGAAGAACAUUCUGAAAGUGACGCCCGAGAUCCAAGAACGGUUCCUUCGCAAUGUCAUCACUGCAUUUCACAAGGGAACCCGAAAGAUCAAGUUGACAUCUCGUGGGAAGGUUCGUUUGGGCCCUUCAGAGUGGGACCGUCUUGUGGACUAUGUUUGCAUCAUGACUCAAAUCAUGAAAGAUGCUGAUGAGUUUUUGAAGGAUGCAGAGGAAAGUCAGCGAGACCAUGUACGUGAGACCUUGGAAGAGGCAUGCUUGUCCAGGGACUACUUCCAGGAAGCGAUCUGUAGUGUGGAUGUGGCCUUACCAAACUGGUCAGUGAAGCACCUGAGUUGUUGGAAUGAACUCGUGGAUGUGAAAAUGAAUGUUGAAGAGGUGGCAGGAAUUGGGGAUCUCGAAGCUGCAGAGGAAGCAACAGCUGCUGCAGUGUAUCAAGAGAUUCGCAGCAAAAUUGCGGCUGUGGAGGACAAGCUGGUGGCCAACAAACUUGAGCUGCGAGAUCUGGCUUUGACAGUGGACACGACUGCAUUGCACCGGAAUUCUGACCGACCAGGAUGCUUUUUUGGAUGGAUUGCAGUCAGUGAUUGUCACCUACCAUUGAAAGGUACAGGACACCGUUCCAAUCGACAUGAUGAGCAGCUUCCAGCUACUGAGGUCCACCCCUUUACCAGUAGUGAGUUGUGGCGUUUGCAGGGGUUCCCCGUCAAUGCAGCCCCACCCGCUUUGGCUGAGAGUGAAUUUUGUGUCCCAAGUGCUAGGGCUCAUUUGCAAUGCAAUGACAGCCGCAAGAACCUUACCGAUCUACAAGAAACCUCUCAAUGGUUUUCGGGUGAACCAGUGGUGAAGAAGGUGAUUCAAACUCUGUUGGGUACCCAGCAGCUCAAGCGCACAGUGGUUGUGAACACCACGGCCUAUUGCGGUGCUGUGGAGCGUGCGUGCUUGGCACUCAAUGUUCCAGUCUUGAGCUUGUCUGACAAUGGCGUGCACACCAACUUUACCACCAUGUCAACCGCCAGUGUUUUGAUGGAGGAUUGGAAGCAUGGCCGUGGCCAAAUUGGAAAGGUCACACCAAAGUACAAAGCGGAGCCUGCUGACGAAACUCCAGUGAUUGCAGAGCUUCCGUCUUUUGGGGUGUGCAAAAUUCAGGAUGAAUGCUCUGAGCCAGGACCAAGCCCCCGCUGUUUGGACGGGGAUUUGAAUGGGGCAGCCUUUGAUUGGGCAAGUGUGUUUCCAGAUUCCCCCACAACCAGAACUGACAUGGAAACGAAGUUCCCCACCGGUCGUCACCAGUUCACUAUGGAUGGCAAUCUGGUUGGGGUGAUCAUUGAAGGGACUGAAACCACUGGCCCACAGCUCUACAUCAUGGCCACCGGUGAUGGAUCUGUUGAAACUGACACUCCGGUGUUGACGUUUGGGGCUGGAACAUGGCUACUGGAUGGUAAGGCUGAAAACUUCAUUCAGGAGAACCCAACCAAGGGCUACUUGUUCCAUCUUGAGUCUGAUGCUGACACCGUGGUCUUGGAAGAUGCAAGCGGAUCAGAUGGCAACCCGGCUUCCCUCCGCUCUGUCCUUCAGGAUAUCGAACGGGGAGGGCUUGUUGACUUUGAGCUGGCAGGCCAUGUGGUCCAACGACCUGGUGAAGUAUGGCAGUCUGGCACUGACAGGUUUGAUGUGAAUCCGAAGGAAGGAACGCUCAUGCUAUGGAAGAACUCGGCAGUUCAACUCAGGAAUGUGAAACACCGCAAUGUAGGAUCCUACUUUGAGGCAAAGCAAAUCAUGGACUCACCUGCUCUGCUGAAGGUGUGGCGAUUGAGGGUCUACAACAACGAAAAGAUCGUGGGUGCAGCGAAACCCUUGUUCUUUGUCAAGGGCCGUCUUGGGCUGACCGUAACUUGGGUGGAGGAUUCCCAGGAUGAAGUGGAAUUCCAGCCUGAGGCAAAGUCUCCAACACCACCUGACACGAAAGCAGACACUGAGAAAGAGGAUGUGGACAUGCCACAGGCACCAGUCAAUCACACAAAGGAAGCCCAGACUUUGGAAGCCAAGGGGGACACAACAGGCAGCAAGAACAAAGUGAUCAAAGGCAAAUGUUCCAAGAAUGAGAGCAAGUCAGCAAAGACCAAAAAAACAAAGAAACCAGAGAGCAAGAAGCCUGAGAUCAGAGACCUUAGGUCAGUCAAAGCCGAGUUCAUCCGCGACUUUGUCAAAGAGUUCAAGGGGACCGAGGCUGCUCUUGCGGCUGCCACCGGUAGCCGCAGAAGCGGCAGGGAGAGUGCCACACAAGUGGCGUUGGUUUGGUGGGGGGAUAUGGUAUACUAA